GGACGCAUUCAAGUCAAAUGAAAUCACAGCUACUGCGAGUGAGCUAGCAAAUAGCAUGGCCAUGGGCAGAUCGCUAAACACAAUUGCGCUCCAAGUUGGGACAUUUGUAUUGUCGAAAGAUCCAACACAAAGGAGGAAGAAAAUAAUGUCACCAUGGGUUGGGUUGAAGAUGAUGACGCCAACAGAAGCGUAUUGCAGGAUGGUUGAGAAAGCAUUUGAUUUCCUCAACACAGAAUAUGAUAUGAUCUUGUUCCCAAUCCAUGAAGCAAAUGAAAACGAACCGGAUGCAGCAGGGCACUGGUUUAUAGUUGUAUUAAACCUGGCAGAUAAAGAGUUCCAAGUCAUUGAUUCUCUAAGCACCUCUGGCACCCAGUCACUGGUUCUGAAAGCACACAUGGUUCGCGCGAAGAUCAUAACACUAUGGAAGAAGUACACGGCAAAGCACAAUGGGUGCACAGUCCCCAAUAUUUUUAGCUAUGAACUUCGAUUUAUCUCGGGCUAUCGGCAAUUUGGAAUCCAUGACUGCGGAUUGUUCACCCUCAAGGCGAUUGAGUUUUGGGAUGGAAGCAGGCUGCCCAAGUUUAUUGGAUCUAGUGAGGUAAAUUUGCGGAAACAAGUUCUUCAUCAGUGGAUCACUAGUCCAGCAAACCAAGCUGAUUGGAAGAGCACUCUCUGUCAAGGAAGUGAGACAAAGUAA